GAACGAACUAUAUUUUACAACUAUACUCGGUUUCUGCUCGCUUUACGUGAUUUGACGUUUUCACGUCGAUUCGAGUGAUUGUCGAUUGAGUUUAGUCAAGUUUAGUUAUCGGCAAAUAUGGCGCGUGGUAGCAGUGCUGGUUUUGAUAGACAUAUCACAAUCUUUUCGCCGGAGGGCCGGCUUUACCAAGUGGAAUAUGCUUUUAAAGCAAUCAACCAGGGUGGCCUCACGUCCGUGGCUGUUAAGGGAGUCGACACCGCUGUAUUCGCGACACAGAAGAAAGUACCUGACAAGUUGCUUGAUGCAUCCAGUGUCACUCAUGUAUUCCACUUGACCGAAUAUAUCGGUUGCGUUAUGACGGGUAUGAUAGCUGACAGUAGGUCUCAGGUUCAACGUGCUCGUUAUGAAGCUGCUCACUUCAAGUACAAGUAUGGCUAUGAAAUACCUGUGGAUGCUUUGUGUCAGCGUGUUGCUGAUAUCAGUCAGGUGUACACACAGAAUGCUGAGAUGCGACCACUUGGUUGUUCCAUGAUGCUCAUUGCAUAUGACAAAGAAAAGGGUCCUUGUAUCUACAAGGCUGAUCCAGCUGGAUACUUUUGUGGCUACAGAGCUAUCUCUGUAGGUGCAAAACAGACAGAGGCGAACUCAUAUCUUGAGAAGAAACUAAAGAAGAAGCAGAAUUAUGAUUAUGAUGAGACCAUACAAUUGGCAAUCACAUGUCUAUCUACUGUUUUAUCUGUAGAUUUUAAGCCAACGGAGAUUGAAGUUGGAGUUGUAUCCAAGGAUAAUCCAAAAUUUCGUGUCCUGACCGAGCAAGAAAUUGAUAAACAUCUAACAGCAAUUGCUGAAAAGGAUUAAUGAUAUUGUAUACAAUUCAUAAUAAAUCAUAUAAUAUCUUGUGUAA